AUGCCCUUAACUUCAUCUGACGAUAGAAUCGAGGAGCAGAGCUGCAAUCCGGACCGUGCAACGCCACAGAAAGCCAAGGAAAUGGAAAGGCGUCAUAGAAGAAAUGAAGAUUUGGCCCGCUUCAUUCUCACCCGGUCCUCGUUGUACCUGCAUCGCUUCAACAAGGCAGUAUCGGAAAUUGCCGCCCGGUACCGACUGCAGGAAAUAGCGCAAGCCAUUUUCGCCAGCCUGCAGCAGUACCCUAUCCUGGCGCUUGCGGUAGCCAUCGCGAUAUUCACGCUCACGCUACCGUUCCUGGUGUUUGUCUUCUUCACCAUGACCACUGCGGUGGUGGCCUUUACCGGCUUCAUCAUGAUAGAAGGGGCGCUCAUAAUGGCUGCCUCGGUAAUGCUAGUAAGUUUGCUCAUUGGCGUAUUUCUAGUGAUGGCCAUUUUGGGGCUAAUAUUUCUCACCGGGUGUCUGGGCAUAUCGCGCGCCUACGAAUGUGUGACUCGCUUUAAGGUGGAUGAUUUGCGUGAAUAUUUGCGGGACAAUUAG